AUGGCAAACUCACAUCUGCCAUGGCAACAAUGUUUCUGUCCACACCUGCUGGUUCAGGUGAUCACAAGACCCCCAAACUUUGUAAACUCAGUCCAGGUCGAGUCCAUCGGGUCGGUCACCAUGAAGGCUGUUGCUGCUCUCGUCUUGUUGCUGAUGAAUGUGCGUUUGAGUUAUUCUUGUGAAGGAGAUGACAACUUUAUGUUCUGCUUAACGAUUCCAGCAGCUUUCAGGCCUGGUCGUUCAUCUCUGAUUAUGAUUGUGAAGAAUGUCGGGGAGAUAGACUCCACUGUGUUUAGCAGCGACAACCUCAACUCUAUCACCAACCUCAAGAUCGCAAACGCUGGUGUCACAGGAAUCGCUGAAGGGGCCUUCAGUUCUUUCAUAAAACUCACUAAUCUCAAUUUAGACCAGAACUUUCUGACUGAGAUUAACCCAAACUGGUUCAGUCGGCCUCACGUCCUCAGAGAAAUCGGACUGACAGAAAACCACAUUGAAGUUCUGAACGAGUCCAUGCUCAACGGGUUCGCUAACCUCACAAAGCUCAGGCUGAGUAAGAACAGGAUCAGAACCGUUGAUCCAGAUACGUUUCGCUCCCACACCAACUUGGCUGAGUUGGACUUGUCUGAGAACAGGAUGACUCGGGUCUCGCCUCAGGUCUUCAGGCCUCUCAGGUCCACCAGGAUCAGACUAGAUGGGAACCCCUGGGACUGUUCCUGUGGAGCGGAAGACUUUGUGGACUUCCUCAAAGGUUUGUAA